AUGGCAGAUACCGAAGAAACGGGGGAUGAGGAUGAUGCCUGGAUUUCGGUGAACAAAGGAAAAGGAAAGGAAAGGGAGACCGAAACCAACGGUUGCGUACCCACCUCUCGGGCAGCAAACAAAGGCGUCAAGAUGGUUAUAGGAGGGUGGAAGUCGACCCCCGAGCUGGCUCACGAGGAAAAGAACACGGCAACAGUAAGGAAAACGAUUGGAAAGAUUGGAAUGGUUGGCGAGAGAAAGAUGGGGCAGGGAGAAAAUAUGAUAGAGGAUGGAAAAGGGGCUCCAUACGGAUCAGCGUCGCGGGUUCCAACCCCUCCUUUAAUAUCACCUGAAGAGAGCGUUAAAGCAGCAGAGGAGGAGGAAGAUGAGGACGAAAAGGCUGAUCGGAAACGAAGGGAGCUGCAAAAGGAGUUAGAAGCGAAGAAGAAGGUGCCGGUCAAGAAGAAGAGGAAGUUUUAGUCCGGCGCCCAGUUACUCACUCGUCCUGGACCGUUAAAAGGUGGACCUGGACACGGGGAGCUGCGUAAUCACGUGUAGUUUGUUUACAUCCUUUUUUUGAUUAUUCGAUCUUGGCCAAACGAAACAUGGAGUCGUGUGUUUGUAGUUCAGAAGGGGUUGUUGUAUUCCGAGAAGCUAGGCCGUCUAGGCGUAUGAUAACAAACGAGUCGGAGCGUACAGCACUGUAUAAAGACAUUUUCCUUACCUUGCUAAAUAUUCCCAUAUAUAUAGGAUGCAAUUAUAUCUCUUCGGUUA